ACAAUACAAUAUAUCAUAAUUCGUUUGGUACUGUGCUAUUCUGGCGGCUGCUGAAACAGCAGCCAUGUCUGUAAAGAAAUCUUUGUCCUUUAAUGAUGGCAAUGGCAUUGCAAAACGGAGGCGCUUUGAUCGUUGGUUCUCAUCAGUUGAGGUGGUGCCUAUGGAGCAAGGGAAGCAGCUGAAAGACAUGGAUUCUAACAAGUUGAAGGCUGAGAUCAAGAAGUGGGCUAAGGCUGUUGUUGCAUAUGCGCGCCAAGUCAGUGGGCGUUUCGGGAGCUCUUAUGGCAAGUCAGAGACUUAGGGUUUGAUUGGUUUACCAUUAGAAAGUAAAAAAAUGAGCAAAUAACACACUUCAAGCUUUGAAAUGUGUUAUUUUUUCGUUUUUAUACUUUUGGUAAAUCCAACAAACUCUUAAAUUUGAUGGAGUAACAAUUUGAUAUAUCUAUGGUACAAAUCUGACAUGGCUUUUGGUAUGGAAGAAUUUACUGAAAUGGUUCUAGCUUUGAGAUUUUGUGCAUAGAUUUUAAGUUUAGUGGUUGUAAAACAUGAAAUUCCUUCCCUCCCUUGCAAAUUUGCGUUAACAGGAACCAAUUGUAAAUAUAAAGACGUUGAAAUUGCUUCAUGAAUCUCAAUCUCAUAAAGAGACGUUGUAAAUAUAAUCUGGAAUUACAAAUAAUUUUGUUUCCUUUCCAAUGAAUUGCUAACCUAUUUUGUCUA